GCUUCGGCGUGGCCCUGCAUUCUAUAGUUGCUCCCGCAUGACUGUCCUGCAAUUCUUUUCGUCCUCCAGGAAUUUCACUGUCAAAAAGCUCUGCUAAUCUGGACAUUUUGACAGCAAAAUGUCUGACCUCAAGUCACGCUUUGGUACUUCCGCAUAAUAUACCAAGUCUUCGGUGGUGACCUGCAACGGGCGUUCCAUCCAAAGUGUGUGUGUCUAUUCGGAUGGCAGGGUACCAGGUAUAUUUUAUAUGGCAUUGCAGCGGUUUCUAUGGAGUGACAUAAUAAUAGGCCCACACCACGUACUUCGAACUUGAACUUCGGUUUAUCGACUACAUGCAGUGGCGCAGCCCUCAGCUCAUCAGACACUAUAGGUGGUCCGCGAUUUGUGUUCACUAGGGCCGUUCACCGGGCCGGUAGUGCCGGAGACGCGCAAGAUACAUUUAAGCCUACAAAGCAGCACGGUCUAAAUCGACAAUGAUGAAACUCGCAGCAAUAUGUUGUCUUCUGGUAUUGACAGCCUUGACAACGGCCUCUACGUCCCAAGGGACGGAUGCCCCUGGUUCUUCAUACGAUGGCUCGCUGUUAAUUGGUGCCUUCAACAUCCGAGUAUUCGGAAUCAGUAAAGUUGGUAAAGUUCACGUAUUGCAGACGUUAGUUAAGAUUUUGAAGCGAUAUGACCUUGUGUUGAUUCAAGAAAUCCGUGAUAGGUUUUGUACGGCAAUUCGCACACUGCUUGACACUCUGAACUCGGAGGUCGAGGACAAAUAUGAGAUGGCCUUGAGCAGUAGACUCGGACGUACACGGAACAAAGAGCAGUAUGCAUACUUUUACAAGCCGAGUCGGCUAACUUUGCUUCGGAAAUACGUCUACGAUGACGACAGUGAAGAUAAAUUCGAGCGGGAACCGUUUGUUGCUUAUUUUGAGUCGCCGACAACUGCCAUGGAACGCUUCGCAAUGAUCGGUGUACAUAUCAAACCGGAUAUCAAGGAAGCGGUGGCGGAACUCGACCACCUUGUCCAUGUCUAUGAUGACUACGUGAACAAGUCUGCAGGCAAUACGAAUGCCAUCAUUGCUGGUGAUUUUAAUGCCGACUGUCGAUACGUCUCUAAGACCGCCCUGAAGAACUCCCUCUUGCGAUCGGACAUGCGAUUCCGUUGGAUUAUUCCCGAUGACGCAGAUACAACUGUUGCCGCUUCAGAUUGUAGUUAUGAUCGAAUUGUCCUUGCCGGUGACGAUUUAUUUGACAGUUACCAACAAAAUAGAGCUGGUGUGUUUUACUUUGAUAGAGAAUAUCAUCUGGACAUAAACAUGGCUGCAGAAGUCAGCGAUCACUACCCGGUUGAGAUGUUUAUCAAGGGAAAUCUGGAUCUCGAGUAUAGUCCUGAUGCGGUACAGCCGAUGUUGCCUGCGUACUCUGAUAGCAUCAGUCGCUCGGGGAGUUUCCGUGCCGUGGUGUGGAUGUGUCUGCUCGUAAUGGGCCCACUGAUCUUCCCUUAAUUGUGUAUCAACAAAGUCGUCCAGUCGUAUACGGUUCAUCGACACAUGUACUAUUCAAUGGAUCAGACUUUUCGUAAAUUAAUUGAAUUGAAUUGAAGUUUUUUUUUAAAUUGUUCCUACCAUUCUCGCAGUCCAAAGACUGAAUUGCGAUGGUUACAAUUUACAAUUUUAACAGAAAUCAUUUUAAAAGGACCAUUUAUACAUAAUUAUGUUAGACAUUGAAAUAUUCUUAAAAGAUCAUUAUUUUUUUAUGCAUAAUGUUAAACAUUUAAAUAUUCUAAAAAGACUCUAUAUACAUACAUGUGCAUUAACAAUGUUAAAAUUCUACCUAGACUAGAUAACAAGAACCGUGUUUUGUAUAACUGUACACGCCUUUCAAUCAAAUACAAUGAUACUAUUCAUGGUACAACUAAAGAAAAAAACAGUAUACUUCAUUCUAUUCAUUCAUUAUUAACUAAUGACAACAUUAAGCUUUGAUAGGAAAACUGAAUAACUGUUUAAUCUUAAUCAAGGAAAUAGGAAGGUGGACAUGAUGAGAAAAUAAUACUGAAACGGGCACGUAUAACAUCAAAACUGUAACAUUUCACAUAUUAUCAACAAACACAUCAACGUCAUAACAAAAAUUGACAUAGCGAUAAAAACAAUGCAUUUUAUGUUUUACAUCCAGACUUAUCCGAGGAUUUAAUUUUCCAGUUUGAAUCUUGCAUAUAUGGGCAUGUGCUGACAUUUCUUUGAAGCACUUUUCUCCGGCCUUUUCCGGGGACAAAUUCCCACAAUGCGUUGCGUUUCCCCCAACGAAUUUUGCGUAAGACAUUCAGCGUCAUCAGCUUCUCACACAAACAACAGAGUAAUGGAUUUUAUUGGUACAUGUAAGGAGGUGUAUAUUUUUAAUGACAAGAGUACUAUAUAUACCAAGUCAUGUCUUCGCAGGCGAGCUUGCUGACAACGGGAAAAAUGCUGCACAACAAUAAAUUCGACCAAAAUAUGGAUACGUAUAGCCUAUGCCAAAGCUUCUCCCGUUACAUUUGGUCUGCAGACUUCAAACUUUUCGGACAUUGUAGCCACACUAUCCAGCUCUCAAUUCAUGUAAAAAAUAUUCGGGAAUAAGAGUCCUAUAUAAUACGAGAUAUAUUAUACCAAGCCAUCUCUUCGCGGGCGAAGGCCCCUGAUAGGAAGUCAAAGGCAAAAUGUUGCACAGAAAUAUGCAUGGUCAAAUCAUGGAUGCGUAUCUCAAAAUGUCUACAAUUAUAUUUUGGUCUACGGAUUCUAACAGUUUUGAACAUUGUACCCACGAUAUCCAUCUCUCUAUCCAUGUAGAGAUGUUAGGGAAUUUCUCAUUACAAAUGGCUUAAACAUUGAGAUACACCAUGCCAUGUCAUUGCAG